GCAAGUCACAGAGUGAGCAGAUGAACCAUAGUGAAUCAGGUCAAUAUUGAGGCCAGUAUAUAAGGCGUGUUGACUAGUGCACAGACCAGUCAGUUGAUCUCUUCUGAGAAAACACGUCUUUCCCCUCACACACACACACACACACCGAACAUUCUGCCUGUGGAUGACGAGGAUCUCCCAAUAAUCUUUCCGAGAAUAACGAGAAACCUCACGCUUCUACCUGCUAUUGAGGAGAAACACCGUCAUUCUACCCGUGAAUGGCGUAGACCACAGUUCUACACGUGAAUGAUCAGGAAUGCCAUCAUUCUACCCGCGAAUGACGUGGAAAUCCAUUAUCACACCCUCGAAUAACAAGAAGCCUCAUCAUUCUACCCGCAUGUGACGAUAAAUCCCAUCAUUCCACUCGCGAAUAACGAGAAAUCCCAUCAUUCUAUCCGCGAAUGAAGAGGAACUCAAUCAUUCUACCUACAAAUAGCAAGAACCGUCGUCUCUCAUAGUUGAACAGCAGCCUUCGUUUACAAGCCUCACGUCACUCAUUAGAUGAUUUAAUAAAUAAACGCGGCCCUGAGACACCUCACACAACCAACACCACAAUUCCAAGAAUGGUACUGACAAGCUGCAGUGUUUGGAGGUAGUGGAGGAAGAGGCAGCUUGUGCACCACACGAGGGAGGGUGUGCACCACACGAGGCAGGGUGUGCACCACAUGAGGCAGAGUGCACCACAUGAGGCAGUGUGCACCACAUGAGGCAGGGUGUGCACCACAUGAGGCAGAGUGUUCACCACAUGAGGCAGAGUGUGCACCACAACAUGGUAGUGUCACACCUCACUCAAUGCUACAUGGUAAUGUGGUUAGUGUGGGCCGCCACACUACCCACCUCAGCCAGUCUACCAGAUGUGAAGCUGUCUUCAUCGGAUUCUAGCUCCUGGGUCAGUGAGACAGUCCCUCACCUCAACCAUGGUACUACUUCAGGUCCAACGUCUGGCGUAGAGCAUAAUGUCACGCUGGAUCAGCUGACGAAGGCUGCACCUGUCCAUAAUGAUAGUUCAGGCACAGACUACCGAGAGAGUGUCGGAACUGAUGAAAAGAACAGCGACAGAGUACCUCUGGCUAUAGGAAUUGCAAAUAGGGAGGACAGAGUUCUUCAGGACGCUAGGGAUCAAAAUGGUGACUUCAUGGAUAGAGGAACUCAAUCGGUGGUGGGGGACCAAGAUGAAGCGUGCAGGAGUGUAGAGGGAGGUGAAGUCGGGUGUUACACGAGCGGUUACAUCCCUAAGAAACUGAGACAACAGCCCUGGGAACGCAGACUCUCCUUGAACACACACGGGAGAAUGCUAAACCUGAACGAGGAGAUGCGGGGGGCAAGGCAACAAGAAACCUUGGAAGAUAUUGGGAAAGAACCAGGAGCAAAAGUGGAUUUGUAUCAAGAUGCACAGCCAGAAAAAGAUGAUGUUGAAGAAUAUGAAAAAGGAAAACGUGAAAUAGUGGAACAAACCGGUGAUGGUACCGACAAUAAUUUCGACGAACAGGUGGAAGAAAAUACCAGAGAAGGGGUUGCAAUGAACGAAGAAGUGACAGAGAACCAAGCGAGACGUCAGUGA